CGCGCAGCCUAUCGGAGGGGAGCGUGUGUGCGUGCGCAGCGCAGGUGUCGAUGUAAAACAACGGGAAGCAAACCAUCUGGAGCAGUAGCAGUAGAUGGAAAGAAAAGGUCUGGCGGGACGCUUUCGCGUGCGAGCUGACGGCGGCGAUGCAAUGCAAUUUGGGAGGCUGCUCAGUAGUUUAUUGGUCGAGGACGCAGAAAUUCAACGGGCGGAACUGGUUGGAGACAGCGAACCCCAGUGACGGCGGCUGAAUCUUCGCCGGGGUCGCUACCGGAGAAAGGAUAGGGUGACUGGCGGCGAAAUCUGGGGAGACAGCGACGGCGUACGGACACCCCCGGCGGUCCACGCGCUCCGCCUCGCAGCCUCGCACUCGCUGUCGCACGGCAGCGGGAAAUACCACCAUUUGACCUGGCGCCCCGCCCCGUUAAAUCACGCCCGCCCAGCAAGGGGACAGACCAGACGGACGCAGACCCAUCACCAGCAGCGGCAAGGCCAGACGGACAGGAGAGAGGAGACGGCCGUUGUCCUCAAGGCGUCGGCGCCGGCGCCGGCUGGAGAUUCCGCGCGUGACAACCAUCACGAGAGCGGCGCCCCGGCGAGGUAUAUCUCAUUCUCAGCUUGCAGAGCCUCUCGCGGCGCCGGGCCGGCGCAGGAUCGACCAUCGAUGGGCUGCGCGUGGUCGUCGUCGCCGUCGCCGUCGAGGCGUGAGCAGCGCGCGCAGGGGUACGAGGAGCCGGCCGUCCUCGCCACCGAGACCUCCUUCACGGUGAACGAGGUGGAGGCGCUGUACGAGCUCUACAAGAAGCUCAGCUUCUCCAUCUUCAAGGACGGCCUCAUCCACAAGGAGGAGUUCCGGCUGGCCCUGUUCAGGACCAGCAAAGGGGCGAACCUCUUCGCGGACAGGGUGUUCGACCUCUUCGAUCAGAAGCGCAACGGGGUCAUCGAGUUCGGCGAGUUCGUGCGCUCGCUCAGCAUCUUCCACCCCAAAGCGCCUGAAUCUGAAAAGACCGCCUUUGCAUUCAAGCUGUACGAUCUGAGGGGGACAGGCUACAUCGAGAAAGAAGAGCUCCGGGAGAUGGUGGUGGCACUUCUUGAUGAGUCCGACCUAUGUCUCUCGGCCAGCGCCGUGGAGGAGAUCGUCGAUAAUACGUUCAGUCAAGCAGACUCGGAUGGUGAUGGCAGGAUAGACCCCAAGGAGUGGGAGGAGUUUGUCAGGAAGAACCCGGCAUCACUCAGGAACAUGUCACUGCCCUAUCUCCAGGACAUUACGACGACGUUUCCAAGCUUUGUAAUGCAUUCGGAAGUCGAAGAUUACAGUGGAAUCAGCAAAUAAUAAGUAAGGCACAGUUAUCGGUCCGUUUAUUUUGAGCCAAGGCAGCCUUGAACAUAUUUGGAAACAGUGCAUUCAGGACUGAACCGCAAACAAAAAUGGUUGAAACUCAAAUAGGAGGAGAAUAGAAGCAUCAGCGUCGACCGAGAGCUGCCGCCGUUAGACUAGCUCAUCUAGCCUUGCUGCCGUGAUUGACGGUAGACAGAAGGAUCUGAACCUGAAAUACUUUCAGAAGUGGGUCAUUUGGAGCUAAAUUCAUGAUUAAGGAUCGAAACAGUGAGUAGUGAGUUUGACACAUCUAGGUGGCAGACACGGAGGGGCAGCCGAAACAAUUCGCCGGAGUACCAAAAGUCUAUCAUUGUCGCUUCCCAAACCCAAUGUAAGAGCAUCUCCAGCCGCUGGUCCCCCAGGGGGCGCAUAAAAUCGCCGCCUGGGGGGCGAGCCGGCGCUAAAAAUCGGCAUGGGGGCGAGUGGGUUCCCAGCCGCUGACCCCGGGCCGCCCCCCAGACGCCGUUUAUGUUAAAAAAUAAGGGUAUUCGGCAAAGUUCGGCAAAUUGAACAAAUUAUUCGGCUAAAGUUCGGCAAACUCGACAUAUAUUCAACAUUACAUAGCAAAGUUAUUAAAAAUCCGCAACUACAACUAUUUAAGGGCCGAAGAAGCUAGUCGCUGAGCGUGGCGAAGUCUCCGACAUCGCCGCCAUCCUCGCCGUCGUCGUCGGCGGCCUUCUCCUCCUUGACGCGGCCGCCCCUGCUGGACCCUUGCCCGGCAUCGCCCUGGCGGACCGGUGGCGGCGGCGCGUCAUCGUCGCUGUCGUCGAGGACGACGAUGCCUCCCUCGUCGCGGACCCGGCACCGAACUUCAAACUGCUCGUAGGCGCAGCACUGACGCUCCAUCUCCAUGCGCUCGUAGGCGUGU